AUGGAGUUGAUUCUGCAAUAUGUUGAACCUUCAACUCUUAUUUUUCUUCUCAUCACUCUCUCAACUCUUGUUAUCUUUUCACUCACUUUUCGUAAGAAAAAACUCCCAUACCCACCAGGCCCAAAAGGUUUACCCAUCAUAGGGAACAUGUUGAUAAUGGAUCAACUAACUCACCAUGGCAUGGCCAAGCUGGCCGAAAAGUACGGUGGAUUCUGCCACCUCCGAAUGGGUGUGAUCCACAUUGUUGCCGUUUCGACUCCCGAAAUGGCCCGCGAAGUCCUUCAAGUCCAAGACGGGGUUUUCGCGAACCGGCCGGCCAAUAUUGCAAUCACUUACCUAACAUAUGACCAGGCCGACAUGGCAUUCGCUAACUAUGGUCCGUUUUGGAGGCAAAUGCGUAAGAUCUGUGUCAUGAAACUCUUCAGCCGUAAACGGGCUGAAUCAUGGGCUUCCGUAAGAGAGGAAGUUGAGACAACGGUUAAGGCCGUUGCUUCAAAAAUAGGUUCGCCUGUUAAUUUAGGCGAACUGAUUUUCUCUCUUACGAGAAGCAUCACCUUUAAAGCUGCGUUUGGGUCGAAUCUCAACAAAGGGCAAGAUGAAUUCAUGGGAAUUUUGCAAGAGUUUUCUAAGCUUUUCGGAGCUUUUGACAUCGCUGAAUUUCUUCCGUGGUUGCGGUGGUUUAAUGGACAGGAUUUCAACAAAAGAUUGGCUAGUGCAAGAAAAGCACUUGAUGUGUUUAUUGAUGAGAUUAUUGAUGAUCAUGUGACAAAGAGGAAGAAUAGCAUGGAGAAUAAAGAUAGUGAGAAUGAAGGUGAUCAAGAUAUGGUUGAUGAAUUAAUGGCGUUUCUUGAUGAAAGCGAUGUUAAUGCUGCAGAAACUUCACAAUCCACGCUUAAGCUUACUAGAGAUAAUAUCAAAGCUCUUAUCAUGGACGUGAUGUUUGGUGGAACUGAGACAGUAGCAUCAGUGAUAGAAUGGGCAAUGGCAGAGCUCAUGAAAAGCCCAAAAGAUCUUGAAAGGAUUCAACAAGACCUUGCCAAUGUCGUAGGAUUGGAUCGAAGAUUCAACGAAACCGAUCUAGAAAACAUACCUUUUCUCAAAUGCAUUAUCAAAGAAACCCUUCGACUCCACCCUCCGAUUCCCCUACUUCUCCACGAGACAGUACAAGACACAACCGUCUCAGGUUACUUUAUCCCGAAAUCGACACGCGUUAUGAUAAACGCAUGGGCGAUCGGGCGCGACAAAACCGCGUGGGAUGAGCCGGAGAAAUUUAACCCGUCAAGAUUUUUGAACGAGGGUAUGCCUGAUUUCAAAGGAAACAACUUUGAGUUCAUUCCUUUUGGGUCAGGAAGAAGGUCUUGUCCAGGAAUGCAACUUGGACUGUAUGGUGUGGACAUAGCCGUGGCUAAUUUGCUUCAUUGUUUCAAUUGGGAGUUACCUAAUGGUAUGAAACCAAGUGAGCUUGAUAUGAAUGAUGUGUUUGGUCUCACAGCUCCUAGAGCUGUUCAGCUUGUUGCAGUACCUAGUUAUCGUCUCAAUUGUCCUCUUUGA